GUCAAUUGCGCCAGACGCGUUCUCGCUGUGUUGUCGCUGUCAUGGCAACAGUGCGGUUGCCUGGUGUUCAGAAGGCAAACACCCAGUCCAGGAGCGCGGAGGAGACGGGAUGAACACGCACCUGUCCAGAGACGGUCAGGUGAAGAACCUGGAGCAGACGGUCAAACACACCGAGAAGCAUCUGGGUGAGCUCUGCAGCCUGCUGGCCUCCUACACCAGGAAGACGGCCAAGCUCAGGGACAAGGGAGACCGGCUGGUGGCUCAGAUCUUUGACUUCGCCAAACAGGAGGACCCGGAGCUCCAGCUGGGCCUGAGGAACCUGGCUGAGGACCUGGCCAUGGUGCAGGACUACCGGCAGGCCGAGGUGGAGAGACUGGAAAGCAGAGUGGUCGCGCCUCUCAAGACUUACGGAGACAUCGUGAAGAACAAGAAGGCCGAGCUGAAGAAGUUCAACACUGACCUCAGCAAAGAAGUCAAAGAACUUCAGAAACUGGAGAAGCUGCGACUGCAGAACCCCUCGGACCGCCGGACCAUCUCUCAGGCGGAGGUCAGCGCUCAGAAGGCCUCCAACAACGCCCAGCUCAGCUCCAGACAGCUGCAGGAGGCCGUGCUGGACUUCCAGAGACAGAAGGUGCAGGAUGUCACGCGUGUGUUCACAGACUUCAUCACAGUGGAGAUGCUCUUCCACGCCAAAGCCCUGGAGGUCUACACACACGCGUACCACGACCUGCUGGAGGUCAACACCCAGAGGAGCUUGGAGCUCUUCAGUAGCAGACUACAACUGUUCACCCCUGCAGAUGGACCUCAGGACGCGUCACAGGACUCUCCAUCCAGGUCCGCUCCGGCCUCCACCCAACACAGAACCCACAGACGACACGCCCACAAUCCGGGCAGGACGUCCCGCAACACGCUGCAGCGACAGAGAGGCCUGGAGGAGGAGGAGGAUGAAGAGGAGGAAGUGGAUGAAGAGCAGGACGAGGUGUAUGAAUCAGAGGAGGAGGAAGCACAAGAAACUGGCCGGGAAUCUUACGCCUCACAAUAUGUCAAAAUGAAAAGGUCUUAUAGAAAUUAACUGACGGCAGUCUGUCUGUCUGAUGUGUCAAGCUGUGAUUGGUAGAUGAGGCAUCAUGAAACAGCAUUGCCGGGUGGAUGAAACAGUGUCCUCAUUUUCAGAGCAUACUAUAUGGAGCUCUUGGUUUAGAAAUGAUGUGAGGUUCCAUUGAAUUGGUUGGUCAAGUCCAAGCAUUUCCAGCAGACAGUGCCACCUGGUGGCAUUUGAAAACCAGGACACUGUUUUAUGAAACCUCAUCAACUCUUUGAUACUGUGUCAUGAAACGUCGUCAAACCAUCACCAGUUUUACUUCAAGAAAUGAAUGUCUAUUAUUAUUAUUCGUAUUAGUAGUACAAGUUGUAGCACGCAAGCAGCAAGUAGAUGGCAAAGUCUCAUGAAACUUUCAUGUUUAACGCAGAUCAUUUUCGAUGUUUUGAGCUUCAGAACGAUCAUCUUUUACUGUUGUGAUGAUCUUGUCAUGGAAUCGUGAAUAAAGGU